GUACAUAUGCACAAGAGAGAUCAAGAGGAAACAUCCCCCCAUCUGCUACCGAAAUCCGGUCCAACGUCCAUCCACGUUAUAGUUGCUUGACAUAAACACCCAAAGACGUCAGACGCUGUUGGGGACUAUAUACUGCGACACCAACUGCGACAUAUCUGCAGCGUCUCUCACCACUGUUCAGGGCAGUGCAAGCGGAAAAAAUGAUACCAAACUCAACCACCGACUACACUGAUGUAUCAAGAAACACCGCUUCUUAUCUAUGGAAAUGGCACGGAGCAGAGGUCAUCUUUCUCUGUCUCAUGUUGGUCUUAGCAAUCCUCGGCAACAUUCUGGUCAUCUACAUUUACCACUUCCGUUGGCGCCGCUCCAACUUCAGUCUGUUCAUUGAGGUCCUAGCCGCCCUUGACCUUACCAACGCCAGCAUCACCAUCCCGCUAUUCCUGGUCAUCACUCUGAACGACCAGAAUCAAAGGUUCACUGUCUUGUGCCAAACAAGUUCAUUUGUAGCCAUGACUACAGUGAUGGCUUCAGCCGUUGUGCUGGUCGUUAUUGCUUUUGACCGCAACAGGAACAUAUGUAACCCAUUGAAAAAGAAGAUCAGCGUGGAUUCAGCUCGGAAGUUUUGCCUUCUGGGUUUAACUGUUGGGAUUGCUGUUGCAAUUCCCAGCAUAUUUGUGAACGGCAGGAGAGAGCUCAUGUUUGAAGACAACGGAGUGCGAGUGAACAUUACACAAUGUUAUUUCAGAGAGGAAAUGGACUGGACGGCAUUGUUUUGGUUAUUCAUGACGAUCCUGAGUGCAGUGUUUAUUGCUGUAAUGAUCACCUUAGCUUUCCUGUACAUAUCCAUAUAUCGUGCCUUAAAGAUACACACAGCCAGGAGACCUUCAACGACAAUAUGCGAGAAAAAGAAUAAAAUGUUUCGGUCUCACAAGACAUCAGCAAAAAUCUUUUUUGCUGUAACGGUUGCGUUUUUCUGUAGCUACUUUCCUUACUUCAUCGCUGUCAUAGUGUUUUUGUUUGACGGACAAUUGAACGUGUUGUCUCCAGGCGUAAAAGCUGUGGCUGACAUUGCCAAGUUGUCUCCCUUGAUGAGUAACGCCGUGAACCCUCUCAUCUACAGUGUGUCAUCCAAGCGCUUUCGGAAGGAAGUGUUUGACGUCUUCCGGUGUGCGGGUUUCAAACAGACACCUUCGGAACGCGGUCGAACGGUGGUACAGGGCACAGCCUCGUCCACUGCUGACGCUGACCCAUAGACUUGUUUCUGAACCACGUCCACAAUGAGUAUUGUACAUGUACGUCCGUGACACUAUAUAUAUUUACGAAACAUUGUUUUCCUUUUAUAGCACUUCUUGUACAUUUAAACCCAUUGUCUUUAGUUAUGUCGCGUAAAAGGAAUGUCCCUGCCAAUGCUAUCCUUUCGGCCACAUGUCUAUACAGUAAAGCAAAGUUGACUCAGUGUCCCCGGGACUAUAUACAAAUAGGUCGAGUUAUCCGUUGUUCGGGUCAGGCGGAGUGCCGAUAUUAUAAUAACAUCUAUUGGCCAUAGUGCCGAUAAAGUUUCUGUCCACAUACAGCGACUUAAUGAAUUCGAGUUUGUUCAAUUUGUUACAGAACGACUAUUUAAAGAUAAAUAAAUAAUAUAAUUCUUUAA